UCAUGAAGAACUUGUUUCUAGAUGCCGAGAUCCAUCAGUUUCUGAUUAUGUUGUAAUGUUCUUCAGAUUUGUUACCUCUGCUGAGAUACAAAAGCGCUCAGUGUUUUUUGAACCUUUCAUAAUGGGUCUGACUAAUACUACAGUCGAGCAGUUUUGCAAAUCAUCGGUUGAACCAAUGGGUGAAGAGAGCGACCAUGUGCAGAUCACUGCCCUUUCUGAUGCAUUGGGUGUUCCAAUCCGUGUUGUGUAUCUUGACCGCAGUUCUUGCGAUACUGGAGGUGUCAGCGUAAAUCAUCACGAUUUCAUGCCAGCUGCCAGUGAUCUCCCAAAUGCUAGUGUUAGCGAUGGAAAGAAUAAUCCAUUCAUCACGUUGCUAUAUCGCCCUGGUCACUAUGAUAUCCUCUAUCCAAAAUGAGAGCCUACUCAGGAAGAUCUCCAGUUACACUUUUUGGUGGUGUUUUGGAGCCGCAACAGCUCUGCACUGAGCUAUGCUACUAAGAACGGUCUUAGUCUUGUAACUUUGUUAAUGUUGAAUGGUCAAUUUGUCUAGAAGUUUCAUCUGUUUAGUACUGAUUAACCAGCACAAAGUACAUUAGCAUCAAUGCUCUAAUAAUCAAAACUCACUUUGAUGCGUGUUACACGUUGGCAUGGCUCCUUGCAGCUUCCUUGUAUUAUCUCGUUGCUGCUGCUUCCAAUCUUUGCAUGUGUGCCCAUCUUUCACCGUAAUGCUUCACUAGUAAUUAAUUCGUAAUAA